GCGAAGAAGAAGAGGAGGGAGGCGGUGAGUGGCUGGUUGUGCCUGGGUGAAAUGGCUUUGCUCCGGGAGGACGCGCAGAACAAGCUGAGGUCUGUAUCUGUAGACCUGAAUUUUGAUCCUUCUCUCCAAAUUGACAUACCUGAUGCCCUGAGUGAAAAGGACAGAGUGAAGUUCACUGUGCAUACCAAGACUACCCUGCCAGCUUUUCAAAGCCCUGAGUUUUCAGUUACAAGGCAGCAUGAAGACUUUGUGUGGCUGCAUGAUACGCUCAGUGAAACUGAAGAGUAUGCAGGACUCAUUAUACCUCCAGCACCUUCGAAGCCUGACUUUGAUGGACCCCGAGAGAAGAUGCAGAAGCUAGGGGAAGGAGAAGUGUCUAUGACAAAAGAGGAGUUUGCCAAAAUGAAGCAAGAGCUUGAAGCUGAAUACCUUGCUGUCUUCAAGAAAACUGUGUCAUCACAUGAAGUCUUCCUUCAGCGUAUUUCUUCUCAUCCUGUGCUCAGCAAGGAUCACAACUUUCAUGUUUUCCUGGAGUAUGACCAGGAUCUGAGUGUUCGGAGGAAAAACACAAAGGAGAUGUUUGGUGGCUUUCUAAAAAGUGUGGUGAAGAGUGCAGAUGAAGUCCUCUUCUCUGGAGUCAAGGAAGUAGAAGACUUUUUUGAGCAAGAGAAGAUUUUUCUUGUAAACUACUGCAACAAAAUCAAGGAUGCAUGUGCAAAAGCAGAUAAGAUGACAAGAUCUCAUAAAAAUGUUGCAGAUGACUAUAUUUAUGCUUCAGCUCGCUUGAGCAGCCUGGCAUUAGAAGAGCCUACAGUUAUCAAAAGGUACUUGUUGAAAGUUGCUGAGCUCUUUGAGAAACUUGGGAAGGUGGAAGGCAGGGUGUCAUCUGAUAAAGAUUUGAAGCUCUCUGAACUGUUGCGCUACUACAUGCUCAAUAUAAAAGCUGCCAAGGAUCUUCUGUACAGACGUACAAGGGCUCUUGUUGACUAUGAAAACUCCAACAAAGCUCUAGAUAAAGCCAGGCUAAAGAGCAAGGAUGUCAGGCUGGCUGAGGCACAUCAACAGGAUUGUUGUCAGAAGUUUGAAAAGAUUUCAGAAUCAGCCAAACAAGAGCUGGUGAGCUUCAAAGAGAAGAGAAUAGCAGCGUUCCGCAAAAACCUCAUUGAAAUGGCAGAGCUGGAAAUAAAACAUGCAAAGAACAACGUCUCUCUCCUGCAGAGCUGUAUUGACUUGUUCAACAAUUAAGGCACCUUUAUCCUGAGAAUGUGAAAGAAGCAUCAAUUGCACUCAAUGGCCAGGGACAACUUAUUGCCUUGUCUUCAUUAGCUUAAUAUAAAGAUUCUCACUGAGAUUGUUAGACUAAUACUUGUUGAUAGUGAUACAUUGACUUUCUUGGUAUAAAUGGGAGCUGAACUGUGUAUGAAUUGGCUAGAUGGAGCUCAUGUCCUGUUGGCUGAUAACUCAAAGUGAGUUAAAUGUAAGAAAUCAGUUUGCUGCUGCCUGACUUCACUUAGCAGGAAAUGUUUUCUGAGGACAACUCUUUGGGUUUUUUUGCAGGGUCAUCAAGUAAUCUGUCUCUUCAUAUCCCUGAUACAUUUAAAGUGGGGGCAGACUUAGUGUAGCCAUUUUCUAAGAGAAAUAUCUUAACAUUCCACUUCCCAGGCAGAUUUCUACUGCAAUAUAUUUUGGAUUUCUAUAACUACAUUCAGUAUUUGUACACUUUGGGCAAUACAGCAAAUAAAGGUCUGAUAC